GUCGCAUAUAUUCAUUGGCCCCGGAAUUGCAGUUCUACCCCUGGAUGCGGUCUUUCGUUAUAUAUGUUGAGAGUGACAGUUACUGUUUGGGAGGAUUUUGGGGAUGACGGCAGGCAGCUAAUCCGCUUCUUCACAAGGACAUCCGGAACAACACACCGCCGCAAGCUCUUAUUCUAGCCGUCAGAUGCUUCCUCCGUCCUCACCACAGCACUACCCUUCCAGGGGAUCUGCCGCCCAACCCUCUCAGCCACCUUCAAUACCGCCGUCCUUUGCCUCUCGAGAACUCAUAAACCCAGUACAUCGACCAGGAAGUAGCAUGUCAAUAUCGUCGAUGCUAGGUUCAGAUACAGACCGUCAGCCGCGGGAGAGUACGACGAGCGCGAUCUAUUCGCGGCCUAUGGUAUCAGCUAUCACCGCGCCGGCACAACAGCCUACUUCCCUACCGCCUUCCAUGUCACCACCUUCCGGUCCUAGUCGACAGUUGUCGUCAGAUCAUCCGCCUUUCCGAAGAUCACAUACGCCAGACAGCGGUCCAUUCUCGAAAACACUUACUCCCCGGCCUUACCGGUCAAGAUCCGGAGGCAGUUCGUCCGGGAAUCCCCAGCUAGGACAUGAUGAUUCACGGUUUUCUGGGCCUCGGCAGACUUCCAACGCACCUCAAUCACAGCUUACAGCUCCUCGAUCCCCCCGAAAUACAUACUCGGACUCAUCAUAUCACCAAGACCGACGAAUGAGUCUUGGAGGCCCUGUGCCACGAACCAACCCUCCGGGACCCCAUCACCGAUCAGAGGAGCCACCAUCGCGACCACCGUUGUUCAGCCCCCCCGUAAGAUUGGCGCCUGGAUUUUCAGAUGGGGUGCAGAAGGAGACAAGUGGCCAGCGAGAGCAGUAUGGGUACCCGGGUAGUUUAGAACCCCCUCCGCGACCGUCAUCUAGGUUUAGUAAUCCCUCCCAAGAUCGGCAGGAACCUCGAGACCAGCAACCCUAUCAACAUGGUAUCCAGGAACACACUCAUCACCACCAUCACCACCACCAUCACAACCAAAAUUCACAGUCCCAGUCGCAACCUCAUCAAAACCAAUCACAACGAUAUGGAUCCCAUGCCCCAGAACACGAAAGCGAUCGAUCUCACCGCUCAUCUUGGGAAUUGAACUACCCUCGUGUUUCUCCCGAAUCAACCCGUUAUAGCACCGCAGAGCCCUCUUCCGGCUACGGCUUUGGGUCUAUUCAGAAUUACACAAAGUCUCUAGGCUCUCAAUUAACGGCUCCACGCUCCAUCCCCGGCCAGCCCCAAAUAUCUUCACGCCAAGAUGCAACACCCUCGAGCGAUUCGUCACCAGUUAUGAGUCGGAGUCGACCUCCGCCAUCGAAUCCACCGCGCAUAUUUUCGCCUACACCAGGUUCUACUGGUCCCCAAUCAUCGUUUGGUGGCUCAUUUGCGGAUGAAGAACGGGCUCGUGGAGGCACGGAGGAACCUCCUCAUCAUAAAAACGUACUGAAUAUAAAUGCAGAAGCGAAACGGGGUGGGAGGGCAUCUCCGCUUCCACAGGCAGUACAAGGCGCCCAAGCGCAGAUUAUCGACCCGGCUACUGAAUCAGGCAUAAAAAGCGAACUAGGUCGAGUGUUCUCUGGUAUCGGCAGCGGCGUUGGAGUAUCCAGCUCGGCAUCGCUGGGGGGAAGCGGCCCUUCAACACCGUUAUCAUCGAGUCCGUUUAAGAGAAACCAUGGCGAUCGACCGAUGAAUUCAGAUCUGAAUGGAGAGGGCUCUUUCGGUGCCGGAAAAGGCACAGAGUCUGCGCCAGGAAGCGUCAGGCGCGGCCGAAAAGUGAAGGAGGAAGAAGCCAGGGAAGACGGAGAGGGCAUCGGGGCAGCAGCUCGUGGAGGAGUUGCAAGAAGAGGACGGCAUGUACACCACCACCAUCAUCAUCACGGCGGCCAUCAUCACCAUCAUAGACACCGGGCAGACGACGACCCAUCUCUCUUUACAGGAGGCCAAGGCCCGCAGCUGGCGCCGCCCUUUAGACCUCAGUCGCGCACCGGAGAUGGCCCUGCUGCAUCUGGAGCUGUUGGCGCCUCACACCAUCACCAUCAUCAUCAUCACCAUCACCACGGCCCAAGAGCGGCAGCUCCUGGCAGUGGUAUCCCGCAUCACCACCACCCACCUGCUCCUGCCGCACCUCUCAAGGAGUACAACACAACUGUGAACCUUGAACCGCUGUUGAAAAGUAUUGCACAUCUUCCUCGCUACCAUCUAGGCUCUACGCUCUAUGCCCCACGCAUUGAAAUGCCAUCUUCCCGCGCACCACCCGAAGCAUCCAAAUUUGGAUAUACCUCUACCCCCGUACCGAUCCCACGGUUCGAUGGAAAGGAAAACUGCACUUUCACGAUCCGUGUGCCUCGAUUUCGGAUAGACGCAAGCCAUCGUGAAGAAAUUUGUGCGCGCCGUGCCUUAUGGGGAACCGGUGUGUACACUGACGACUCUGACCCGGUCGCAGCAGCCAUCCAUUCGGGAUUCAUUCGAGGCGAGUGGGCUGAAGAUGUCGAUGUGUCAAUGCUCAAUCUCGAGCUGAAAGACAACCGCAAGUCUUCCACCACAACUGUCACUGCUAAUGGCAAUGUCACGGCAGCCAAUGGAAAGACAACGCCAUCCUCCAACAGAACUCCAUCCGUUCAUAGCAAUAGCACUAGAUCCGACCCAACCUCAACUGCUCAAUCAGAGGGUCCCCAACCACCACCUACAGCUGCGGAACCAGUCGAAGGCAAGCAGCUUCCCCCGAUACCGCCGCCAGACAAAGACCUUCACAUCAAGCUCCUGAUUCUUCCCACGCUGGAACGCUAUGAGAGUAGCGUGAUGUACGGCCUGAAGUCACGUUCCUGGGGCAAAAAUCAUGACGGAAUGAGCUUCAAGGUAGAAGAGAUCUCCUGGGUAGACGAGGGCGCAUCCAAAGGCGAAGAAAGGGGGGGAGAGGCCCGUCGCAAGAGGUUGCGAAACAUGAUGCGCACCGGCCGUAUCUGCACUCCCGCUGGCCUCAAGGGCCGCAAGGGUGUCGAGUUACAUCUCUCCUCCAACCGGGAUCCCGACACGACUAUGAAGGACGCAGACGAGCCCCCUGCCGUCCAAGCAUCAACAUCGACUGCCGUGGAACCCGUUUCUUGAUGUCACCCGUUUCUUUCAAUUUCUUCUUUUUUUCUUUGCCCUUUCUUGUUCAUAUUUCUUAUCAAUAUCCGUUAUUCUGCAAGCGACAUCAUCUUGUUUACUAUCUCAUCAUCAUUUAGCUACUUUUACUGUCUUUCCGUCCGUAUUUUUCUCUACAUCUCGUUGUCAUCGUCUCUUUUCUCUUUUUUUUUCCCUCCUUUUUCCUUGUGAAGUAUAUAAAAAUUGUAUU